GGGCAAGAUGGCGGCCGGGGUUCGGCCGCUGCCCCGGGUCCGGCCAGACUCGGGGGUAUCGGGCUGAGGCGGCGGCAGCUGCGGGCCGGACCCCGAGCGUGGGGGCCUCGAACGGAUAAAGAUCUCCGGCCUGCGGAAAACCAACUCCUCUGAAACCAGAGGCUUGCGAGGUCACUGAUGGUCACCUAGCAUCUCCGCUGUACAGGCAGGUUCUCAGGGUUCCUGCCGGUUUGCAAACAUGUUCACUGUAUCUCAGACCUCCAGAGCAUGGUUCAUUGACAGAGCACGGCAGGCACGAGAAGAAAGGCUGGAGCAGAAGGAGCGGGAGCGUUCAGCGGUGAUCAUUCAGGCCGUCGUCCGUGGUUUCCUCUGCCGGAGGCGACUGCACAGAGACCUCAGGAGAGAGACUGAUGAGUUUUUUAACACAGAUGACUCUGGGUCCAGUAAAAGAAGUGCACUUUGUAUUUUUAAGAUUGCCAGGAAACUGCUGUUCAUAUACAGAACUAAAGAGGACAAUGAGAGAUUGGAGAAGUUGUGCCGUAGCAUCCUGAGCAGCAUGGACGCAGAGAAUGAGCCAAAGGUAUGGUACGUGUCCCUGGCUCUUUCCAAGGACCUCACUCUGCUGUGGAUUAAGCAGAUCAAGAAUAUCCUGUGGUACUGCUGCGAGCUUCUUGAACAACUCAAGCCGGAAAUCUUGCAAGACUCCAGGCUCAUCACACUGCACCUCACCAUGCUUGUCACCUUCACAGACACGUCAACAUGGAAGAUUCUCCGGGGGAAAGGUGAGAGCCUUCGACCAGCCCUGAACCACAUUUGUGCAAAUAUAAUGGGCCAUCUCAACCAGCGUGGAUUUUACUCUGUGUUACAGGUACUGCUGACCCGCGGCCUGGCCAGACCCCGGCCCUGUCUGUCUGCAGGCACUUUAACAGCGACCUUCUCUCUAGCAUUACGUCCUGUAGUCGCUGCGCAGUUCUCAGACAACCUGAUGCGACCGUUCGUCAUCCACAUCCUGUCGGUGCCUGCUCUCGUGACUCAUCUCGGUACAGUGACCCCUGAGCGCCUCAGUGUCUUAGAAUCCCACGACAUGCUUCGCAAAUUCAUCGUCUUUCUAAGAGACAGUGACCGGUGCCGCGAUGCUUGUGAAAGUCUAGAAGGCUGUCGUACGCUGUGUCUGAUGGGCAACAUCCUCCACUUGGGCUCCCUCAACCCCAAGGUGUUAGAGGAAGAAACAGAUGGGUUUGUGAGCUUGCUCACGCAGAUGCUGUGCUACUGCCAGAAGUACGUGUCCCAGAAGAAGUCUAACCUCACCCACUGGCACCCUGUGCUCGGCUGGUUUUCCCAGUCUGUGGACUAUGGCCUCAAUGAGUCCAUGUACCUGAUCACCAAACAGCUGCAGUUCCUAUGGGGAGUGCCUCUCAUCCGCAUUUUCUUCUGUGACAUCCUCAGCAAGAAGCUGCUGGAGCACCCGGAGCCAGCCCCUGUGCAGCCAUCAUCCCCACAGAACGUGCUUCCAGUGAAGAGUCUCCUCAAGCGUGCGUUUCAGAAGUCGGCUUCCGUUCGGAACAUUCUCAGGCCUGUCGGGGGCCGGCGCGUCGACUCCGCCGAGGUGCAGAAGGUCUGCAGCAUCUGUGUGCUCUACCAGACCUCGCUGGCGACUCUCACGCAGAUCCGCCUGCAGAUCCUCACAGGCCUUACGUACCUUGAUGACCUGCUGCCCAAGCUGUGGGCAUUUAUCUGUGAGCUGGGGCCCCAUGGAGGGUUAAAGCUCUUCUUGGAAUGCCUGAACAAUGACACUGGAGAGUCCAAGCAGCUCCUGGCCAUGCUGAUGCUGUUCUGUGACUGUUCCCGGCAUCUCAUCACCAUCCUUGAUGACAUUGAAGUGUAUGAAGAACAAAUCUCAUUCAAGCUGGAAGAGCUAGUCACCAUCUCCUCUUUUCUCAAUUCCUUCGUGUUUAAGAUGAUCUGGGACGGAAUCGUAGAGAACGCCAAGGGUGAGACCUUGGAGCUGUUCCAGUCCGUCCACGGGUGGCUCAUGGUGCUGUAUGAGCGGGACUGCCGAAGGCGCUUUGCUCCUGAGGACCACUGGCUGCGAAAGGAUCUCAAGCCUGGGGUGCUCUUCCAGGAACUUGACAAGGACCGCAGGAGGGCUCAGCUGAUCCUGCAGCACAUCCCCCAUGUCGUUCCUCACAAGAACAGAGUUCUCCUGUUCCGAAAUAUGGUUACCAAGGAGAAAGAGAAGCUGGGGCUUGUGGAAACCAGCUCUGCCUCCCCUCACGUCACACACAUCACUAUCCGCAGGUCCCGGAUGUUGGAGGAUGGCUACGAGCAGCUCCGGCAGCUUUCCCAGCAUGCCAUGAAGGGUGUGAUCCGAGUGAAGUUUGUCAAUGACCUUGGGGUGGAUGAAGCCGGCAUCGACCAGGAUGGAGUCUUUAAGGAGUUUUUGGAGGAGAUCAUCAAGAGGGUAUUUGAUCCAGCACUCAAUCUGUUCAAGACAACCAGUGGAGAUGAGAGGCUGUACCCCUCACCCACAUCCUACAUCCACGAGAAUUACCUGCAGCUCUUCGAGUUUGUGGGGAAGAUGCUGGGAAAGGCUGUAUAUGAGGGGAUCGUGGUGGACGUGCCCUUUGCAUCUUUCUUCCUGAGCCAAAUGCUCGGGCACCACCACAGCAUCUUCUACAGUUCUGUGGACGAGCUCCCGUCGCUGGACUCAGAGUUCUAUAAAAACCUCACCUCCAUCAAGCGCUAUGAUGGAGACAUCGCUGACCUCGGGCUGACGCUGUCUUACGAUGAAGAUGUCAUGGGUCAGCUUGUCUGCCAUGAGCUGGUUCCUGGAGGGAAGACCAUUCCUGUUACAAAUGAAAAUAAAAUUAGCUACAUCCAUCUGAUGGCACAUUUUCGGAUGCAUACGCAGAUCAAAAACCAGACAGCUGCUCUCAUUAGUGGCUUCCGUUCCAUUAUUAAGCCCGAGUGGAUCCGAAUGUUCUCUACCCCUGAGCUUCAACGUCUCAUCUCUGGCGACAACGCGGAGAUCGAUCUGGAAGAUUUAAAGAAGCACACUGUGUACUACGGAGGCUUUCAUGGCAGUCACAGAGUCAUCGUCUGGCUCUGGGAUAUUCUGGCUUCCGACUUCACGCCUGAUGAAAGAGCCAUGUUCCUGAAGUUUGUGACCAGCUGCUCCCGGCCCCCACUCCUAGGAUUCGCCUACCUCAAGCCUCCGUUCUCCAUCCGCUGUGUGGAAGUGUCGGAUGACCAGGACACUGGGGAUACCCUGGGCAGUGUCCUCAGGGGCUUCUUCACCAUCCGCAAGCGGGAGCCAGGUGGACGGUUGCCCACCUCUUCCACUUGCUUCAACCUGCUCAAGCUGCCCAACUACAGCAAGAAGAGCGUCCUCCGAGAGAAACUGCGCUACGCCAUCAGCAUGAACACAGGCUUCGAGCUCUCCUAGCCCAGCCCAUCUCACCCACCCGCCCUCGAGAGCGCCCAGACUACAGAGCCUUCAGCUCCUGGAGCGGCUGCUCCCAGGAGUGUGGCCAGCUUACUUGAGUCCUCAGACCCCUCAAUAGCCAUGAGAUGCCCAAGCUUGGGGAUGCUGCACAGCGCACUCAGUGUGCUGGGGAGUGCCGUUAAAAAUAAGCUCCUGCCCUCCCACAUGCCCUCUUUCUGCCUUCUGGGGCCUAAAACCUGGACCUAGCGAUUGCAGAGAAGCUCCUGGUAGUUCUGUGAGGCUCUCUUCCUUUGCCCUCCGAGUACACAAAGCCUGUGCCUGCGAGCUCCUCCUUCCAUUCUGAAAACUCAGGUAAGGCCUUGCCAAGCCUCUAUGCACAGCAGAGUCCCUGCCUCUACCCUGCCCACAGCAGCCUCUUCCCGGGCAAUCAAACCCAGCUCCUGCCAGGGAGGCUGCUGAGCUCAGUCAGGUCUCUCUUACGGGGAACAGGUGUUCCACACCACAGCCCUCUCCCAAGUCCUCAGCAGGCCACGCUGUCAGGGAACCCUUGCUGUCAGCACCUGGCCUGUGCAUGGUGUCCUAGCUUGGGAGAGAACCUUGUCACCCCUGGAGAGCUGCCCAUUUCUGGGGUACCCAGAACUUACUGGAUCUGCGUAUCUGCCCUCCUCAUUACCUUAUGGAGAAACACAAGAGCCUGCAAUGCCCAGCAUCUGGGCAGUGCUUUGCUCUGGGAACUGCAAAGCCCAUCCCUUGACAAGGGACCCCAUUGCACUGAUUGGCCCAGGAGGCUGCGGGUGUAUCCCCCACACCUCUGCACCACCUCUGUUGGCUCUGCUCCUUUUUGGGUUUGGACUUCAUCCUGUUUUCCCACCCAUUGUGCUCCUGGCCCUUUUCCUCUUUAUCCUAAGAACUUUCUCCAGGCUCUGGAUGCCGAGGCAGAGGCUCUGGGCUCAGUGCUCUGGUGGCAGCCAUGUGCCUCUUGUCUCAUCAAAUUCUUGCAUCCCUCCUCCACUCUGUGGAGCCAGCUUAGGGCUAUAGCGCUCAAAGAAAGGAGACACCUUCCAUCAGGAACCUGCACACUGUGGGAAAGUGGGCACGCUCUGUUCCCACUUCAGCAAGAAACUGUGGCUGGAAGCCUGGGAAAGGCCCCAGGCUUCUGGAGAUCAGAGCAAGCUUCACUUGGAUGGAAGGAUGGCAAGGUCCUUGGAAGACGUCUGGCAGCCAUGUGUGCACUCAGCAUGCCCACAGACUCCUGUGCUCUGUGCACAGCCUACACGAACAACAUGGAGCCUGAGAAUUACAGCAGGGACAUGGGGAGAGAGUGGGUUAAGAACACCAAUAUCGACUUGACCUGUUUGGUUUUGACCUAGGGUUGUCUGUAGUUCACUUCGAGCCUGUUUUCCAGCAGUUAUGACAUCACACUACCCAAGCACCAAGUCUGUCAUAGCCGGUGUUCACAGGCACCCCAUCGACUCUUGGUGGCUCCAGAAAAGGAGUGGAGUUUUUGUUAUUGUAGGUAACUUAUGGACUAAGACUUGUCAGGGCUUUAUUAAAUUUGUACUUGAGCAUA